AUGAGAUUCUCAUUGACCAUUUCGACCCUCGUCCUGAGCUUGGGUGCAGUCUCAGCUCAAUUGACAGUCACUGAACCAAGAGCCGAUCAUUGGUGGGUUGCUCAAAGUCUAAACACAUUGGCAUGGGAAGGUUCUUCCCCUGAUCAGUUUUCGGUAUUUUUGAGUAAUACUGAUACGAAUGUCCUUACUUCAAUCCUCGCUUUGACCUCUGUUACAUACGCAUACGAUAGAUCCAAAACUAUCAAUCCAGGAGGUGUGACCCCCUCUGGAGGAUAUACAAUCUUACUUACCAACCCACUCAACUCGUCAGACGUUUACGCUAAAUCCGAGACUUUUGAAAUCAAAGCUGUCGGUUCAACUUACCCACCUCAAGGUUCCUCUGCCGGUUCAUCUGCGUCUGCUUCCGGAUCUGGAACAGCUAGUGGGUCCGCCGCGUCCAGUGCAGCUAGUGCCAGUGCUUCUUCAACUGGAUCGAACUCUGCUGGAACCAAAUUGGACGUCGGAAAAGGUUUGAUGGGUAUUAUCAGCCUUGUCGGUGGAGCAAUGGCUUUAUUCUGA